AUGAUAGGCCCUGUUACAGUUGGCGAUACAAUCCGUUUUUCCAAGUUGCCAGUGAGAAUAACAGAAGUUCUUAUCUCAACCCCCAUAUUCAAAACAUGCAUUGGAAAAGAUCCAGAAAACCGAGCACUUUUUAUUAAACAGUUCAAUUUGAUCAAUAACGAAGAAGCUUUCCGACGCGAAGUGAAAGCUUAUCAACUAAUUGGAUCUCAUCCCAAAAUAGUGACCAUGCUAGAUUACACUGAAGGCUCCCAUAAUUGAGGAGCAAUUCUAUUCGAACAUUGUGCAGAUUGCGAUUUACGAGAUUUUAUUACUGAAAAAGAAAUCAAUGAAGACAAAGUCAUGGUUCUGCUAAGCGAUUUAAUUUUGGCACUACAUCAUAUUCAUCAGAAAAAUCUUAGCCAUAGGAAUUUAAAGCCUGAAAACAUAAUUGUGACUGUCGACUUGAAAUUUAAGCUCGCAAAUUUUCAGUCAUCUAUAAGUGAAGAAGAAGUAAACGGUCUUUAUGGGCCUGAUUUAAGUGAAGACAUUGAAGCAAAUACACCGGUAGAUUAUAGAUCGCCCGAACAACUAGAUUUGAUACCUGGAUAUCCAGUAGGGAUUCAAGUUGAUAUGUGGGGUCUUGGGUGCCUUCUUUAUGAGCUGCUUUAUAAGGAGCAUCCAUUUGGCCAGAAUCUUCAAGACCAGCUAAGAGGGAAUUUUAAAACUGAAAAUAAACACAUGAAGGCUUGAUGGCGAGGACUCUUCACAAGGCUUUUUGAAGUAAAUCCGCGAGAAAGGGCAACUUCUCUAGAGAUUAUUACAUUAAUCCAUGAUAAAAAAGCAAAUAAAAAUCAAGAUGAAGCAGCAGAAGAAUCAUCAAAAUCGUCAGGACUUUCAAGCAUCUUUAUGAAAAGCAGUAACUCAUGGGUAAAAGCUGUGACUGCUGAUAACGAUCAUAUCCCAGACACAGGCUAUCUGAAUAAAUUGAUAGAAAAAGCAUGGAAAAAGCCUUUUAAGAUUUCAAAAUUUUACAAGUCACUGAUGAAUCGAUCAAUUGAUAAAGGAAUUGUGGCAAUGAAAGCUUUAUAUGUCCUUCAUAAGUACUUUAUGUUUGGUCCAAGACAAGUUUUAAUGGCAGAAGACCAAAUAAACCAAUUUUUAGAAUGCGUGCAGCAUAGCUGGGAAUCACCUAAUAAAUCGAAAAAAGAUAAACAAACAGAUUAUUUCAGAGAUUUAAUCAAAGAAUAUUCAUCAAUUUUGAAAGAAAAGCACAGACUUCACAUAGAAACAAGGACUUUAGGAAAUUGAACUGACAAUGAAAUUAAUGAGCUCCCACAAAUAGAAGCUUUACUUACCUAUUGGAGAAAGCUGAUAAGGACUACUGAAUCUUUUUUUUCUAUGAAAGGAGAUUUGUCUAGAUUUUGGGCCAUAAUUUCAGCACUUCUAUUAGAAGAACAAGAAAGACUUGAUCUAUUAACUAACUCCUCCUCCGUGAGUGAACAAAACCAUGAAAAACCACCCUCCAUAAGUGAACAAAAAUUUUUUUUAAUAGAAAAUAUUUUUUAGGAAAAAAAAAUUGAUAUAUAAGUGAUAAUUAUUAUAAUGAAAUCUAUAGCUAAUUGUGUUUAAUUUUAAACAAAUUGCGUUUUAAAACAUAAAUUUUAUAAUUAAAAUAAUAUUGCUUUCCAAUUUUUGCAAAUUAAGAUUUUUUUUAAAUUUCGAAAAAAAAAUUUCUAUAUAAUUUUUUUUUUAAAAAACAAAUUAACCCCCCUUCGUAUGAACAAAAAUUUUUUUACUCACAGAGGGGGGAGUAAGCAAAGCUUAAAGCAAGUUCUUCCAAGUGACAAAAUUGCUGACCUCUCUUCUAUAUAUAAUCAAAACCAGCAAUCAACACUAUCUCUUAUAACAGUUUUUAGACAAAACAACCCAGCAAUUCUUCUCCCUCAGUUUUCAGUCCUCCAGCAGAAUAAAAACAGGGGAUCUAUUGUUGAUGUGCUAAAAAAUAGACGGCUAACACAGCCAAUAUAUAAUGAAAGAAGGGUUAGCAAUGAAAAAAUAAAUACAGGUGAAGCAAGAUUUUCAAACCGUGAAGAAUUUAAAUCUCCAGCUGAAGCCAAAUCAGCUACUUUAGGGCAUGGAACAGAAUGCAGCUCUGAAGCUGAGCCUUACACAACUUGCACAAGCCAAACUAUUUUGCAAACUCCUGAGACCCCUAAAUCAAUCAAUGGGAAACCUCUUUCUAAGUCAGCCAAAAAAGCAGAUCCAUGGGCAAGUUUCCAGGAAUCCCCUUGAAUAAUCCAUUCAAAUGAGCUUACACGUGAAGAAGAAAUCGGCUCAGGGAGCUCUUGCACAGUCUAUAAAGGAUUAUAUAGAUAUACUCCAGUUGCUAUUAAAGUAAUGAGGAAUUCCAGCAUCCCAGGCGCUAUGGAAAAUGAAUUUAAUAGAGAAAUCACAACAAUGAUGAGACUUCGGCACCCAAAUCUUGUGCUUUUUAUGGGAGCUUGCAUUGAAAGCCAAUUUUCAAUUGUUACAGAAUUUUGCGCAGGAGGAUCAUUAUUUAAGCUUCUUUAUGAAGAUCGCGAAGUAAAGUUAUCAUGAAAACAAAGGAUAAGAUUAAGAUUAAGAUUACGCUGGGUAUUUAAGGUCCCUACUACGUCCGAGGUCGCAUGCGACGGUUUCCCGUGUGGUGGCAGAGCGUUCACCAAGCCCGGGCCGAAACCCCCGGUUUCUCGGUAGAGGUAUUGUCAAGGGCCGUCUCAUACCGGCUUUGCUGACCACCUCCAUUUCCAACUUGGAUCGUCGCCUAAGUUUACGCCAACUCCGCUUCGUCGUCCGCCAGAUCUGCCCAUUGAAGGGCACCUUUUAAACUGGAGAGACCCCCGUUUUGGUGUCUAACUCGCCUCCCCUCUUUUCCGGUCAUCCCGAAAAAGAACUCAACAGCUUUCGCCAUUCGGAGCGAGCCACUAAAGCAGCUUAGGCAGGUAAGUCACCCUGCCUCAUUUCGGGCACUCACUGGGCUGAGCGCUGCUGGCAAAAAGAAGUCACGAAUAACUGCCCAUGGGUCUGGUCGCAAAAACAGCGGCUCUCGCGCUUAGGCCUCUCGCUUCGAGGUCCCAGACGUUGUUGGGCUAAUUCCUGGCUCCAAAAACCAUGCCCGGAUAUACAUGGGUAACCACCACUGAGAGGGUGGGUCGGUCGCCAUACGCCAUUUUAUGUAUAUGAAAACAAAGGAUAAAGAUUGCGAAAGAUGUAGCAUAUGGAAUGGCAUAUUUGCAUGGAAAUAAUCCACCGAUUAUUUAUAGAGAUUUAAAGUCAUUGAAUUUAUUACUAGCUGAGCCUGUUACCUCUCCAAGUGACAAUGUUCUAAUAAAAAUCGCUGACUUUGGGAUCUCGAAGUUCAUAGAAGAUGAGCAUAUGACAGGACUUAUGGGGACUUGCCACUGAAUGGCCCCAGAGGUACUUGCAAGCCAGCCUUAUUCUCUAGAGGCUGAUGUUUAUUCUUUUGGUGUCGUUCUAUGGGAGAUUUUAUCAAGAGAAACCCCUUAUAGAGGCGUAAAUCCAGCAACCAUUCCAUACAAAGUGCUGCAGCUCGGUGAAAGACCAGAUAUCACAAAAAUCCCACAAACAACCCCAGUUGAGCUGAGAGAUUUAAUUACAACAUGCUGGUCAUCGAACCAAAAAGACAGGCCUUCUUUCUCAAAAAUUUUAGAAAUAUUAAAUACUCUAACUUUUUAA